AUGGCAUCCGCAAUCUCAUUUGGGUAUUCAAAUUCGGGAUUCCAGAUGGGUGCGAACCACGGCUCCGUCACUUAUCACUUCCACCUGCCCGUUAAAGAAAUCAAAGAGAUGAAUACUAGGCCUUGUACGCCAAUAGAACACCCAGAUGAAGAUAUAAGUCUCACUAAUGCCUUCCAAGGUGAUCAAGCUCAAGCUCACUAUAUUAUCCCGUCUUUGGAAAAUCGUCACUUUACUGGCCGUGAAUCCAUACUUGAUGAGCUCAAACAGAAGCUAUUUAUCCAACCGAAUACCGAAAGGUUAGCUCUGUUCGGGCUAGGUGGCGUUGGAAAAACCCAAGUUGCUCUUCACUUUUGCCCGCUGGACUGCUCGAUUUUCUGGGCUCCUGCGUUUAGCGUCGAGAAUUUUGAGCAGGCUUGUUUGCAAAUCGCGACGAGUCUUCAAAUCCACCAGAAUCCAGAUGGUGAAAGUGCUAUGGAAUUAGUAUAUCGACAGCUGAGCUCUGAUAAAGCCGGAAAGUGGCUUUUCAUAGUCGACAAUGCCGAUGACGUGCACUUGCUUUUCGACGAGCUUGUUCAGCAUUUCCCUACUAGUGACAGAGGGGUAAUGUUGCUCACUACUCGUUCACGUGAGAUAGCGGUAUCAUUUGCAGGAAGAGAUAUAGUUGAGCUUCAAAAGAUGACAGCUGAAGAAGGGGCUGCUUUUCUUACUAAGAUUGUGGGAGAAGACUUGCUUUGUGGCCAAGAAUCCACUAUACAAUUACUAGAGGAGUUGAAUUUCCUACCUCUAGCUAUUGCACAAGCAGCGUAUUAUAUUUCUCGCAACCAUGGAACGGCCAUAUGGUACCUUGAGCUUAUGCGUGAAACUGAAAAAGGCCGGAUGCGUCUAGCGAGCAGGGAGUUUCGUGAUAGCACUCGCUAUCGGAAAAUGCCAAACGCGGCCUCUGAGCCCUCUGCCGCUGAUCUCUUGGGAUUUAUCUCUUACCUUGAGCCAAAGGUAAUCCCACGAUCUAUUCUCCCCAGUCUCGAUUCGGCAGAGGAGAUGGAGUUUGCAAUUGGUACCCUAACUGGCUAUGGAUUCCUUAUCAGAAGAGACAAUGAGGAUUUGUUUGAUAUACACAGCCUCGUGCAGCUAUCGACACGAGUGUGGAUAACAGGGGAACAGAAGACACAACAGACUAUCGCGACUGUGACACAGCAUCUGGAAAAGUGUUUUCCAUCUGAUGAAUACACAAAUAGGGAGACAUGGAGGAUGUACCUGCCACACGCCCUUGGCAUUAUCAGGAGAGGGGAAAGUCAAGAUAUAAGUGAGAGGUAUAGCUUAAUUUCUAAGGUGGGAAAAUGUGUUCUAGCGGAUGGCCGAGCAAAAGAAGCAGUUACACAUUUUCGAGAUGUGUGUUUAUGGAAAAAUAGCCACUAUGAUGAAGAGCAUCCCUCACGACUGGAAACUCAGCAGGAGCUCGCACGGGCACAUCAAUCCAAUGGGCAGAUCAAGAAGGCUGUCGAGCUACUUGAGCACGUUGUCGCGGUGCGAGAAAGAACACUUGAUGAAGAGCAUCCUGAUCGACUGGAAUCCCAGCACGAACUCGCACGGGCACGUCAAUCCAAUGGGCAGAUCAAGCAGGCUGUCGAGCUACUUGAGCACGUGGUCGCAGUGCGAGAGAGAACACUUGAUGAAGGACAUCCUUCUCGACUGACAUCUCAGCACGAACUCGCAAGGGUACAUCAAUCUAACGGGCAUACUAAACAGGCUGUCGAGCUAUUUGAGCACGUGGUCGCAGUGCGAGAGAGAACACUUAAUGAAGAACAUCCUGAUCGACUGGCAUCUCAGCACGGACUCGCACGGGCGUAUGAAUCUAACGGGCAGACCAAGCAGGCUGUAGACCUGUUUGAGUACGUGGUCGCAGUGCGAGAGAGAACACUUGAUGAAGAACAUCCUGAUCGACUGGCAUCUCAGCACGGACUCGCACGGGCGUAUGAAUCCAACGGGCAGACCAAGCAGGCUGUAGACCUUUUUGAGCAUGUAGUCGCAGUGCGAGAGAGAACACUUGAUGAAGAGCAUCCUGAUCGACUGGAAUCCCAGCAGGAACUUGCAGGGGCAUAUCAAUCCACUGGGCAGAUUAAGCAGGCUGUCGACCUGCUUGAGCACGUAGUGGCCAUAGAAGGGAGGACACUCGAUGAAGGGCAUCCUGAUCGACUGGCAUCUCAGCGUGAACUCGCACGGGCAUAUCAAUCCAGCGGGCAGACAAAGCAGGCUGUCAACCUGCUUGAGCAGAUAGUGGCCAUAGAAGGGAGAACACUGGAUGAAGAACAUCCUGAUCGGCUGGCAUCUCAGCACGUUCUUGCAGGGGCAUAUCAAACCAACGGGCAGACUAAUCAGGCUGUCGAUCUUCUUAAGCACGUGAUGGCUGUAGAGGGGAGGACACUUAAUGAAGAACGUCCUUCUCCACUAGCAUCCCAACAUAUGCUCGUAUGGGUAUAUCAGUCCAGCGGGCAGACCAAGCAGGCUGUCGAGCUACUUGAGCACGUGGUCGCAGUGCGAGAGAGAACACUUAACGAAGGACAUCCUUCUCGGCUGGCAUCUCAGCAAGUUCUUGCAGGGGCAUAUCAAUCCAACGGACAGAUCAAGCAGGCCGUCGAGCUACUUAAGCACGUGGUCGCAGUGCGAGAGAGAACACUUGAUGAAGGACAUCCUUCUCGACUGGCAUCUCAGCAAGCUCUUGCAGGGGCAUAUCAAUCCAGCGGACAGAUUAAGCAGGCCGUCGAGCUACUUAAGCACGUGGUCGCAGUGCGAGAGAGAACACUUGAUGAAGGACAUCCCUCUCGACUGGCAUCUCAGCAAGCUCUUGCAGGGGCAUAUCAAUCCAGCGGGCGGAUCAAACAGGCUGUCGAGCUACUUGAGCACGUGGUCGCAGUGCGAGAGAGAACACUUGAUGAAGAACAUCCUUCUCGACUGGCAUCUCAGCAAGCUCUUGCAGGGGCAUAUCAAUCCAGCGGGCGGAUCAAACAGGCUGUCGAGCUACUUGAGCACGUGGUCGCAGUGCGAGAGAGAACACUUAAUGAAGAACAUCCUUCUCGACUGCUGUCUCAGCGCGCACUCCAAGACGCAACGCAGUCGAUCAAAGUGGAGAUCAUAGAGAACAUGUUCUCAUCUUCUACUAGUAUUGGGGAUCAGCCGAGCUGCUCCUCCUUGAACAAAUCUGCGAUGUAA